GCAAAAGAAAAGAACCGAUCACGAAGCUAUUUUUGAUGUCUUAUGCCGCUCAUUUAGUACGAAAAGUAUCGCAGUUCUAGACGCAAGUCCGUGAAUUGCGUUUGAAAGAGCACCUUUGGAUUUCAUUGGAAUUGAUCUUACGGAAAAACCUCAAAAAUUUUCUGCGGAGAAAAUUACUGAGAAAAACCACGUCGCAAAAGUCUUUGUUGUUAAAGAAAGUGCGAGUGCAAAAAAACGUUCGAAGUUCUAUUUGGCGAAAUAUAUAUACACCCCGAAAGUCUGAGUUCAAAGCUCAAGUGCGCAAUUUUUUUUUCCGCAGACGAAGAAAAACGGGAACGCGCUGUGCGGAAAUUUCAAGUUGUGAAUUUUCUCAAAAUAAAUUUUAAUUCACGCCACGCGGAAAAACACAUCGCUUUUGGACAAGUCAGCAUGAAUCGAGAUCGCUUUUCUUUGGAUAUGCCGACGGAGUGCGUGGCGAAUCCCCGUCAGAGGGCUCUCGCGGACGCCAUCGUCCGGAUGCUACCCCUGGAUGAGAUCCGGAUUCUCCUGGCCUGUGGCUCCAAAGUCAACGAGCCAGUGACCCAGGGUCUACGUCCCCUUCACUAUGCCGUCUGGCAGAAGAAUCUGCCGGCUGUGAAUCUGCUGCUGGUGCGCGGAGCAGACAUCAAUGCGACUGAUGACUGUGGCUACAGUGCUCUCCAUUUGGCCUCAGAGCAUGGAUACUACGAGCUAACUCAAAUCCUCCUGGAAGCAGGAGCCAAGGUAGACUACCGUGAGCCUACUGAUGAACUCUUUCCCCGUACGACUCUUUGUGAUGAACCGCUCCGUUUGGCCUUGCGCAACAAGCAUUAUGAUGUCGCCCAGUUGCUCCUGGAGCAUGGGGCAGAUCCCAGCAAACGCUACUUUUUCGGAGCUGAGAUUAACUUGGUCUCAGAUACUGAGGCCAUUGAACUACUCCUGACCUAUGGAGCUAACACUGAGACUCGCGAUAGAUCCGGAAUGACGCCUCUGAUGCGUGCUGCAAGGCACUCAAAUGGUCUCGAGCAGGUCCUCCUGCUGCUCCACUUUGGAGCUGAGGUCAAUGCAAUGUCUGACGCCCGGAAUGACUACCGGACAGUCCUUCACUAUGCUGUCCUUUCCGGAAAUAUAGGCCUAGUGAAUUUACUGAUUAAACAGGGGGCGAAGAUUGAUGCUCCGGCACCAUAUCCAGAACCUGACAGGCCUAGUCCUCUCGAUCUGGCCAUUUUGCGCGGCGACCCGGCCUUGGUGCGUCUUUUGCUGGAGAAGGGAGCAAGUGUCAAGAGGAGUAGCCCUGUUAUUGGAUCGCCAUUGCAUGUGGCUUGCGCUGACAACGUUCCUCAUAGAGUUGAAAUCCUUAAAAUGCUCUUAUCAUAUGGCGCAGACCCUAACAUCAAAGUGGAAAGUGAACCAGACAGCAAUCAGACGCUAAGGCCGCCUCUUGCUGAACUUCUGGCCAGCAAUGAGACCACAACCUCCGAAGAGCUGCAUUUGCUCCUCCGAUAUGGCGCCAAAGUGUGCCUGAAGACACAGUAUCGUGAUCCAGAUGGAUUGCUCAACUGCCUGGCACAUGUUCCUGCCAAUUCCGAUGUGUUCACCGAUCUCCUGGCCGCUGCUGAAGAGUUCGAUCCCUGCAUGAUACGACGCAGCAACUACCUGACGGAUGACCAGAAGUCUCGACUUCUGGAAGUGGCAACCAAUCCAGUACCACUCAAAGCUCAAUGCAGAACAUUCUUCAGGCGUCUCCUGGGUAGGACACUGCCCGAAAAUGUGCCAUCCCUCUUCAUCCCAGGAGUCCUCAAGAAGUACCUUCUCUAUGAGCACUCCAGCUAGAAGCUGCGCCAGGUAGCUUUCUGCGACUUUUUUUUUUCUCACAACCAAUUUGUCUGAUUCCUCAUCAACCAUUGCACUGCCCAAAUCGCCAUUUUCUCCGCGGACUUUGCCACGGAGGAGCGUAGGAGAUAUCCGGUAGUGUGAAAUGUGAUAAAUUAGAAUUGAUACUUAUUCUCUUUGUACAAUGCGACAAGCGACUUUUUUUUUAAUAUGGGAAAAUUACCCCAAAAAAUUUUUUUGUAUGAUGAAUAAAAAUAUAAAAUAAAAAUCAAUAUAUGGAAAAAAAAUUUGUAAUUAUAAGAAUUUGAUGAAAUAAAAGUUUUUUUAUUGAUGGACUUUGAUGUUCCAAUCAA